UGGAACCUACAAAAUAUCGCAAUAGGUAACUGAAAACCUGAAUGUGUUUUAGCCAAGUAACGAUAAGAAACACAGCAGUUAUUUUUCUAAGUUGUAAUGGAACGCCUCUUUGGUUAGAACCUUGUUGACACUUCGGGUAAGCAGGUAACACACAUCGAACGCUCCUAUCCAUUUGAAGUGGUCGUGGCAGGAAUGCGCUUCGACGAAUGAAAACACAACAUGGCGGACCAGCGGGACGUUCAAAUUUCUAAACGAAACGCGAACUCCAGCCUUUUAAUGUCGGGUAGUUCAGCGGUGGCCAUGGAGAUUAAACGGAAGAAAAUACGACAGAGUGCCUUAUUCCAGCACACAGAGAACGCCAAAAUUCAAGACAAGCUAGACUUCGAGGUGCGGAUGCGAGACGGCGCCUAUAAGCUGCUGAUGGCUUCCAGCAAGAGAGAGCAGAUCCUCAACGCCUCUAAGAACCUGCUGACCUGCAACGCCAGGAUCAAAGCGUACAUUGGUCAGAUGGAGAAGGAGCAGCAUCUGCAUGAUAUGAGAGAGAGGCUUUCAGAGGAGCGUGUGCCUUGUCGAGCAACAAUCGCUCUGUCUGGUAUUCGUAUUCCAUUAAUGUGGAAGGAUCAGGAUCACUUUAACAACAGAGGAAGCUCGCGGCGAGUGGCUCUGUUCUGUCUGAUGAAGAUGGGUUCUCAGGUGUUUGACACCAAGAUGGUAAUAGUGGACAGAUCCAUCACUGACGUCUGCUUUGAGGAAGUCACCAUCUUCAGCGAUGCAGUUGCUCAGUUUGAGCUGAGGGUGGAGCUGUGGAGCUGUGCCGUGGACGAGGAGCUGACUUUAGUAAACACUCCGAGAAAGCUGGCCAAAAAGCUCCGGAACUCUUUUGGGAAGACAGCCGGCAAGAAGCUCUGCCCCCUGCUGGACAGUCCCGACCCUGACACUUUCCUUCAGUACAACCCAGUGCCUGCAGGAGCUAAGUACAACCUGCUGGCCUACUCUACCAUGCGACUGCCUGAGGCUGAAAGCAGCUUUCAAUCCAUCUCGCUCGUUGUGCUGCUAAAUGCUGAUUGGUCGUCCUGGCUUCCACUUUACGGCAAUCUGUGCUGCCGCUUGGUGGCCCAGCCUGCAUGUAUGACGCAGCGUGUCAUGGCAGGCUAUCUCAAUCAGAAGCAAAGCGUGGAGGGCCUAAAGCGCUGCUGCAGACUCUACUGCGUGUUGAGCGCCGCAUCCUUGUCGUGCUACUUCAGCCCAGAGGAGAUUGAAGCUAAACUGCAGCCCACCCUCAGCCUGGCAGUCAACAAGGACACUCGAAUCCGACUGAUGGAGAAGGAGUCAGCGGGCAGGAAGAGCAUAAGUCUGUCCAUCAUCAAUUGUUCAUCAGAGGGAACUCACACUGUGGUCUUCACAGCAGACACUGAAGAGGAGCUGUAUGAAUGGCAGGAGGCCCUCCAGCAGCACCUUUAUGAUCAGAGUGAGUGGCUGCACUGCUGCAAACAGCUUAUGAAAAUAGAGGUCGCGUCGCCACGGAAACCCUCGCUCUUCCUCGACAAGCAAGCGGACUGUGUUUACAACGAGCUGAGUAUAAAUUCUCCCGGGAGGUUUGAGGGCAUCACAGACCUCAUCCACAACAGGAUUGAGGAGACAGAAGGACACUUCCUGAUUGGCCAGGAGGAGCAGACGCAGGCUGCUGAUUGGUCCACUCUGUUUGAUGGCUGCCACUCAGUGGUGGUGCAGAAGAGGAAUGGUCCAUCCCAGAGUCAAACCUCCACCCCUUUCUCUAGCCCUAAGGCCGCCUCCAGCUCCGCCCCCAAUAGCGGCAAGAAGCGCCGUGCCCCGCCCCCUCCCCCCUCUCGCCCUGACAGACCGCCUCGUCCUCCUGUCUCCCACCGGGAGAAGGAGAACUCCAUCACGCCGCGCCCCAAGUCCAAAACGGGCCGACCGUCCUUGGAUGCAAAGUUCUCCGCCAUCAUCCAGCAGCUCCAGCGGAACAACUACGGGGGCGCACCGGCGCUCGGCCGCAAGAAUGCUCCGUUGGGCGUUCUGGAGGACCGUGGCGAGGCUCCGCCCCCUCACCUGAGCCACCGGGAGUCAGGUGAACGUGGCUUUGAAAGAGCCGGCCAUGUUGGCGGUCCUACUGAUGCAAGCAGGAGCCGAGUAAGGAAGUCUUUCAGGGACAGGAUGAACCUUAAAGCUGCAUAAAAUUUACUUUUUUUACUGCCAACAACCUUUUAUACAUCUAGUACGGCGUACGUUUACUAUAGUCCGUACAUGUAUUCAAAAUCUAACAGGUCUAUCCUACUACAUUUCAUACAUGUACUACUGUGUACUUUUACUACGUAUCAUACAUUUAUUACUGCGUACGUUUACUAGUUUGUACAUGUAUUACUGUGUACUACAUUUCAUACAUACUGCGUACGUUUACUACGGUUUAUACAUGAAUUACUUCGUACUUUUACUACAGGUUAUUCCUACUUCUAGAGUCAAACAGCUCUGAAACAGACCACGAAUAUUGUAUGGCGUGAGACCUCUCCUAAAAGGAUGAAUUACUUUGAUGUUAACAAGCGAAUAUUUGUCUUUUAUUAACAGCCUCACUUCUUUUUCAACCACAAUUAUUAACAAUAUAACAAUUACACUAGUAAAGUACACAUAUAUUUUUUUAGGAUAUCAGAAGUGAGUGAGACCUCUCAGUUGAAAUAUCAUUGUCUUUGUGUUUUAGCUUUUUCUUGGCGAACAUUAGGCGACGACAUUGGUGCUCAACUGGCGACGUUGCCCAGUUCAAAACUUACAAGCGAGUAACAUUUUACAGAAGAUUAAAAAAAAACACAUAGUACUCUUCUCAUAUAGAAAAUGCUUGAAAACAGCAGAGCACUCCUGUCAUAGAGAGUAUCUUUGACCAAAGAUUUUUGAAAAAGCUCUUUAAAAACAGCAGAGCACUCCUGUCAUGUAAAGGGUUUUUGACGAAAGAUUCUUAAAGACAGCACAGCAUUCCUGCCAUAGAAAGGAUCUUUGACUGACGUUUUUGACAAAAGAUGCUCAAAAAAAGCAGAGCACUCUUGUUAUAUGGAGGAUCUUUGACCAACGAUUUUUGAAAAACCUCUUUAAAAUCAGCAGAGCACUCCUGUCAUGUAAAGGGUUUUUGACGAAAGAUUCUUAAAAACAGCACAGCACUCCUGCCAUAGAAAGGAUUUUUGACUCACGUUUUUAACAAAAGAUGCUCAAAAAAAGCAGAGCACUUUUGUCAUAUAGAGGGUCUUUGACCAAUGACUUUUGAAAAAUAUCUUUAAAAGCAGCAGAGCACUCCUGUUAUAUAGAUUAUCUUUGACUCAUGUUUUUGACAGAAGAUCAAUUAAAAAAAAGCAGAUAAUUUCUGGCGUAUAGGGGAUCUUUGACUCGCGUUUUUGACAGAACAUUUUUAAAAACCGCGGCUUUCUGUACAAUUGAAGAUACAUUUUUUGGCAAAAUAUAUUUAAAAACAAGAGAGCACUCCUGUCAUAUAAACUAAAGGAUAUUUGACUCGUAUUUCCAGGAGAAGACCCAUACAAACAGCAGAGCACUCCUGUCAUAUGGAGGAUCUUUGACUUGUAUUUUAACAAAAGAUCUUUAAAAACAGCAAAGCACUUUGGCAUGUCGAGGAUCUUUGAUUUGCCUUUUUGCAGAGCCGUCCUGUCAUAUGGAAGAUCUUUGACCAGCGUAAAUGUUAAAAGGUAUAACAGUGUGCAAUGACAUUGUUGAGAUACAAAAUAAGAAUAAUAGUUAAAGUACAAGCCCUUAGAGUUCCUCCAAAAUUGUUGUUUUCCUAAAUCAUGUUAAAAUGAUACAAGAUCGCCUGCACAGUUAAAGUUUUUAAUGAUGGCCAGUUUGACCCUGGAACAGAUUCUUUUUAUUUGCAUGAUUUCCAUGAGUUAAAAAGAAAACAAUUGUCUUUCAAGGUUCUGCUAUAUUUUUAAAGAUUUGUAGCAAUAAAUUGAAACAAAAACAAAAA